AUGAAGCCAUUCACGCUGCGGCGGAGGGAUUCAGAUGCCCUUAUUGCUCCAAGAACUUCAGUCGGAGCAGCCCGCCGUGGCCAGCGCCCUAGGGCCUGCGAUGCCUGUUUCCACAGUAAAUCCUCCUGUGAUAGCGGUAACCCGUGUUCCCGCUGCCUAUCCCGCGACUCGGAAUGCACCUACAAACGUCUUGAAGAUCCCUCUCUGCACGUCACCGAUGAGCUUAUUUCUUCAACGGCGACCAACGCCUCGGAGGGCACUACCAGAUUGGCGGUUCCUUUUCUCCUUGGCGUUUCCGACCCCCACGCAUCCUCCAUGGUCGAGUCCGUGAUCGACGAAGACAAUGUGGAUGAGUACCCACGUGAGGACAUAUUGGACGCGCCGCCAUCUAAUGCAUCCCCCGCGAUACCAGUGGCAGAAGACUUUCCAAUGGACUAUGGCCCUUUCUCGUGGAGUAUGAAUCAAUACUAUCUCGAAGAGUUCACACAGGGUAUUUAUGGUGAUCUCUUCCUUCAAGACCUGGAUAUGGGAACCCCGAGUUCAGGCAAUGGCUCCGAUCUAGUUUUCGACAGUUUGUCGCUUUGCUCCGUCCGGCUAGUCGACGACCUAGACCGCUUUCGGAUAUCGACGCAUGCGGAUCACAGCCCUCAAGAUGCUUCAUCCAUUCCUGACAUAGACAUGCCGACAAUGAAGAGGAUAUUUUCAGCGGAGAAUUUAAAGUCACACCUAUCUGCAUUCUUCAGGUGGACCAACGUUGUCAUCCCCCUCGUUCACCGCCCCACCUUUGACAUCGACAUUGCCGACCCGGCGCUAUUGGUGUCCGCCUUCCUUUGCGGGUCGCUCUACAACCCUACCGAGGACGUCGCUGAGCGCGAUGCCUGCUUCGACAUAGCAGAGGAGUAUGUGUUUAGUCGAUUGAAGGAGCAAGUUGACCUCCAGCGGACUCUGCAAACGCCGGUCUGGAAAAAUCGAGAACUUGUCGCUUUGAUGCAAGCAGCUAUGCUUACUUAUGGUCGCCAGUGGAUCACAAGUAGGCCCGACGCCAGGAGAAGAAGUCGCAAGGUGCGGCUCCCAGCUUUACUCGAGGUCGUUCGAGGUCUUGGGUUCACCAGGAUAAAGCAUGCAAUAACACCCGAGGGAAAUGUGCCGUCAUGGGAGGACUUUAUUCUUUUGGAGACUUGCAUUAGCUUGCGCGCCCUAACUGUCAAAGAUCUUGAAAUUUUGAUCUUCGGUGAGUCGUCCUCUGGGGGUCAGCCCUAG